UGGAGAAGCCGUCCCCGAAUACCACCACCACCUGACGAAGGGGUGAACGAGAUACGCCAGAAAGAAAAUCCAAGUAGUGGUGUUUUUUUGUGUCUGUGUUUAUCGGUGUUUUUAUGCUGGAAACUUGUAUAUAAAUAGCUCAGGGUGUCCCGUUAGAGAGGGCAUUACGGCAGGAGUUGUAUAGAGCAGAGUUCGUGCCGCGCUGGUGUGACGUCGGGCCCUCCCUGACUGCUGGCAUCAGGACGUCUCCACCUUCCUGUCCGGUAUUCAGUUGUGCCAGAACCCCCGAGCCUCGCUCACACUGUCACGAGGCGUCUGUCAGGGUGCUGCUGUAAACAUAUGCCAGGCGCCUGUGCGACCAUAACACCGCAGAAGAUAACUUGUGUGUGUCGUGUUGCAUUUUUUGUAAGUGCAGAGAAGCCAACGACGUGAAUUACCAUAGGAUUUUGAAGUUGGUUGACUUGUGAGCAUCUGGUGAUUAUGUCCGUCUCCUGGCAACAUCGGAGCGACGGUAACUUGUGGAUACAUAUCGAGGCCAGGAGAGUGUCGUAGAGCGCACAAGGCUGGGUGAAACCUGCCUGACGGGUGCUCCCUCCCACCGUUAGUCAGCUUGACGUCAGGAGUAUAGCGGGGGUGUCAGCCCUGCUCGACGGACACUCCGCCAUACUCGAGUGUGGAGACAGUGCCACUCUGUGUAGGGGAGCAGUCAUGUUGGCUCCCUAGUGCUAGUGCAACGGAAUUAAUGUUAAAGGUGUCUGGCCGCUAGAAUACUUGUAAACUGUUUCCCCGUUUCGAGGAAAGUGAGAAAAGGGUAGAGGUUAGGGUGUUUAAGUGUACGGAGGCAGAGGAUGUUACACCUGGCUGCAGGAGUACUCGAUAUCCAGAAUAAACUCCAUUACUGUCCACAUGAAGCUGACAACGACGUUGUCCCCGAGGCGGCCGGACCUCCACACCGUCUGACUUCGACUGUGUGUGAUGCGGCGCCCCAAGAACCAACUACUCCCCGUGCAGGAGAUAACGAACAUGCCCUGACAGAGUUAGAGAACCUCGGGGACUCCCGUAAUGUCGAGGAGAUUUAUAUUCCUGCCGGUAAGAUUCUUGGGCGCGAAGCGAUGGAUCUCUGUAGCUUAUCAGACCUGGAGAGUAGCAGGGAUCUCCCCGGGAGGAAAUAUGAUGAUACCUUGAGCGGAUCCGUCAGUCCAGGGAGUCAAACGUCCGACCUCCAGAGAAGCUGUUCCUCUACCUCCUCCUGUGCGGAUUUCAGCCCGACGGAGGCCAGGGAGGAUUUGGUGUUGGGUGAGCCAUCAGCCUCCCAGAUGCUGGCGGCACCCAGACUGACGUACACGACGCAGAACGACGCCCUGAUGUCGGACAGCGGCAUCUCUGAGCACGGCACUACGGAGUCCGAGUACUCGGACUCGUUAGAAUCUGACGAGGAAAACGGGCGCGAUGCGUCUGACACGAGCCGACAUGCAGAUCAACAUGCUGAUGAAGCCGCGCCGGUCUGCGAGAGCCUUGAUGAAUACGAAACAGAUAGAUUAUUAAGCAACGAUGAUAACUCUACGGAUUUAUCGUGGUACGAUCCACUGUCCAAUGACUUUUUUAUUAGUUUCACUUUUGCUAAUAAUGAUCAAUCUCUCGUAGAAUUCCAACCUACGAAGCAAGGUGUAGGCCUCUUUAGCCGCCGCUCUGCUAACCGCCACAGACCACUGAAACAGCUCAAGUCUCACAAAAGGCAGAUAGAUAAGAACGAGCAAACACCCACUUCCUAUGACCCAAGCUCCAGCGACUCGUACGACACCUGUCAAAAGAUACUGAAUGACAGCUCGUCUCCAAAUCAAAUAGAGAAACGGACAGGAAACCUGGAGUUCUACGGGAAACCGGAAGAUUUUGAUCGUCUAACAGAGGAUCCGGUAAAUGCUCUUGGAACCCCUCCUUGUGAAGACGACUUCUACAUGCAGGUCAUGCCCCUCUUCCCCGAGCUCGGUGUGACUCGCAAAGUUAUGAGGAUCGACUACGAUUUCGAGAUGCGAGACGACUUGUGGGGCUACUCCAGUACCGAGCCGUACUUCGACGCGCUAACUGGCCGCCGGAUCCUCUCCACGAUUUACGAGUUCGAAGUGUCCUCUGACGAAGAGACGGACACAGUGAGCGUGGCGGAGCUCUGUGGGGCUAGUGAGGAGGAGACGAGCAUGUCGUACGACCACAGACUCAAUGACAUCGCCGAGGAGGAACAUGAUGCGGAUGACACUGGUGGUGAUGGUGAACAUGAUGCGGAUGACACUGGUGGUGGUGAACGUGAUAGUGACAGUUUUGCGAGUGAAAUAACGGCGAACGACAAAGAUUUUGAAGGCAAUCUAAUGGCAAAAGAAGUGGGAGUGGAACCUGAAUGUGGAUCAGCCCACGCCAGUGCUAACCCGUGUGUUCCCGGCGCUCCUUCAGGCACUGCCAGUGAAAGUGACGACGGCGUGACUGAAAGUGGUGUCCCUCCCAGACCUUCUAGUGAUAGUGACUCGGCCCCUACCGUGAUGCAGGCAGGCCAGACUUCCUCCCCCGGAGGCCAGAGUUCCUCCGCUGCUGCCGCCUACUUACCGAACAUCAAUACAGAAGACCCUUCUACCAUUCCGGACGCCCAGGCCUCCACACCACACGGUGGAGACGCCAGCGAACAUCCCAACGCCUCCAGCGGUGCUGACGACGCAAGUACACACGUCGAAACCCGAGCCAUGGGACCCGCUGACGCCUCCAGCACUGCUGACACUUCCAGCACUGCUGACACUGGACUCAUAAGUGCAGCUGACGGUAACCUGAGUGUCUCACUUCAUCCUGACCACGGAGUUACGUCUGGUACCUACACCACAGGGACAACUGACGUUGACACAGGAGACGCAGCUGACGUAACUGACGCAGCUGACCGUACAGGCUCAGCUGACAGCGCCAGGAUAACAACCACUAAUAUUACCCGAGCGACUAAUAUCGACGCUUUAUCAACAGGUAAUACUGACAUCAACAGAGGCGAUACUGACGUCACUUGCAAAGAUAAUACUGACAUCACAAACAUGGGCAGUACUGAUGUCACAUAUAAAACGGAUGUCGUCUUAGAAUGUGAUUUUCCUUGUAUAAUCGAAAGUGACAUCACUAGUACACGUGAUCAGUAUAUCAUCGAAGCUGGUGACGGUGACAUCAAUGCGGGCGGUAGUGACAUCAAUGCGGGCGAUAGUGACAUCAAGGCAGACGAUAGUGACAUCAAUGUAGACAGUGACAUCAAGGUAGGCGAUAGUGACAUCAAUGUAGACAAUGACAUCAAUGCAGGCGAUAGUGACAUCAAUGCGGGCGAUAGUGACAUCAAUGCAGGCGAUAGUGACAUCGAUGCAGGCGAUAGUGACAUCAAUGUAGGCAAUAGUGACAUCAAUGUAGGCAAUAGUGAUAUCAAUGCAGGCGAUAGUGACAUCAAUGCAGGAGAAAGUGACAUCAAUGCGGGCGAUAGUGACAUCAAUGCGGACAAUGGUGACAUCAAUGCAGGCGAUAGUGACAUCAAUGCAGGCGACAGUGACAUCAAUGCAGGCGAUAGUGACAUCAAUGCAGGCGAAAGUGACAUCAAUACAGACGAAACUGAUGUAUAUACAGACGAGACUAACUUCAAUGCAGACUUGACUGACAUCUAUGCAGACACAUUUGACAGCACUAGUACAAGUAACACUGACAUCACAGGCGUUGAUGACACUGACAUCACCGAGGGUAGCAAGACUCCCAUCAGUAUUCUGGGAAAUACUGAGAUGUCAGUGUCAAACAAAACUGACUCUACGAAUGCACAUGACAUCAUUAGCGCCGGUAUUUCUGACGUCACUCACACUAAUGGUCCAGUAGCUCCUAGCACAGGUAAUACUGACUUCACCAGCACAGGUAAUACUGAUAUUACUAGCAUAAGUAAUGCUGAUAUUGCCAGCACUGGUAAUGCUGAUAGUGCUAGCACAGGUAAUACUGAUAUUCCUAGCACAGGUAAUGCUGAUACAAGCACAGCUGAUACAAUGGCAAGCACCGUUGAUGCUGGCAUCAUGGCUGCAACAAACAGCAACAAUGUAAACACAGCCCCAAGAGUUGAGAAUAUUUUAACGACGUUCGACAGCGCAGUAGCUGGCCAGGAGACGAGUCGACAAUCCUCAGAAGUCAUCGACGUGUCUUCAGUCAGCAGCAGCAAGUUCAGUGUAGAUGAAGGUCUUGCGGUCCCCUCCAGUGUCGCCGUGACUGACAGGUCUGUCUUAAGUCACUCUCCAAGACGUAGCGUGGAGCUAGAAGCGGAAGAUUCGGAGUCUGUCAGUCGAGCUGUGGCCUUGAUGGAAGAGGAUGUUGUCAGAGUAGCUGACGUGAUUAUUGUUGCUCAUGCAGGCACAUCCGUCGCAGACACAGGGGAUAAUCAGACUGACAUUGACGCCAGCAUUCACUGCGCUGAUAGCCCAUCAGCAUCACAAGACGUAGGUUCGAAUGCGUCUAGAAAUAAAGCAGAUAGCACCAUUACCGAAACGGCAGCGUCUAGGUUCACGGUGACCUCUCCUAGAGAUCAUUUGCAUGCAGAUACUCGUCAGCUGGGCAGUGCCAGUGGUAGGGAAGGGAAGCGAAAUGAUGCAGAUAUGCAAAUUCUGUCACCUGAUCGUCCUGGGCUGGGCGCAAGGUCGGCUCCAAAGUCAGAAUUAACCAUUACAAAUGAGGGGCCCCACAUGCCUGGGGAAGGGAGGCAAUGUGAAGAUGUUAUAUGUAUAAAAGAGGCACCAAGGCCACAAGAGGGAGCUUUCUCUAAGGCUCUUACAACAUACUGUAGCGAUAGGAGAGCAGGGAGCUCCACGGCGGGGUCUCUCGGCGAGCAGCCACCAUGUGCAAUUGAAAACAAAUCUCAAGAGAAUGAGAGAACCACAAGCAACAAGGAUGCAACCUCCGCAUUGGUAGUCAGGGAAGACACCGAUCAAACACCACAAGUGCAUGACAAGAGUAACGCUGCCAUACAAGAGACUGUGACGACACAUCAUAUCUGUACAACAGAAACGAAUACUAGUGGAAUUACCAGUCAGUCUCUGGGAGGAGGAGGAGAGGACAGUAAGAAUGAGACAGUCCCUCCUGUCUGCCACAACACGCAACAGACAGAAGCAGUCUCUGAUUUGGACGUUCCUCCUCCAAAACCUAAGAGACUAUUUCUACGUCGGAUGUCAAGUGAACGAAAACUGAAACUGCACAAUGACUCACCGAUAUCAGAGGAAGAUGGGAACGCAGACUCCAGUACACCUCCGAAGAGACCACUAAGACGCAAGGAAAGCCUUAGGCAACAAAAUACAAUGCCUCGGAAGUCUAAUAAAUCCGUCCCACCAACAAAUCUCGAUAAGGAACACGAACCACUGGCAGUAGAAAACGAAGCUGGAGAACAUUGCGGGUCAAGCCCAGUGGGUGUGGAGGCGAGGGGAGCGCGACGCUGCAAACAGGCUGGCACUGUGCCAAGGCCCUAUGAUUCAGGUAAUAAGAGGCUGCUGGGGAAUAGCAAGCACUCGGGUGAUGCAAGAAGCGGGUCAGGUGAUGCUGCCGCGGUGACGGAGGUGCUGGCUCGGGAGACCAGGACGACCGAGGUCCCUGACGGAGCCAUCACACCUGAUAGUCACACUCAGGAUAACGCAUCUGGUCUUGGAACAAAUAGGACACUCGAGGGAUCUGCAGAUGGUUCAGAAGUUCUGUCCGAGGAGGUUCUCUUGGAUUUUAAAAUCUCCAGUGGCGACAGUGAUCAGUAUCACACUAAAGCAGCAGCCUGUCUGGAUAAACAUAUUUCUAGUCCAUCAUCAAUCAAGAAACUGACAAACCAUUCUCUAGACAGCAACAGGUCGCCAAGAGUGGAAAAAUCGAAAAAUUUAUCAAAAUGUGAAGUGACAAAAGCUGUUGAAAUAAAAGUUACAGAAGGUAAUAGCGAAACUAGUGGCAAAAAGAUACAGAAUAACAAAGAUAAUAUAUUUAUCCCUUCGCUGCAAGCAUCAAAAGAAAUAACAAACAAUAUUGGUGAUAAUUCUCAGGUUUUUAAUAACUCGCAUCAAACCGAGCCAGACGUCAAGUCAUUGUCGGAAAGAAUUCUUACUCCAGAAAAUACAGAAUGUCCUCGUCCUCCAGAGAGAAGGAAGAGGUCUCCUUCUAAACUGCCAAACGGUGUAUACCUGGAGAGGACCACGGACGCCAUGGACGUCAAGGCCCCAGGGGUAUCCAAGCCUAUGGUCCCGGAGAGGACAUACAGGAGGUACAAGUCCCUCCCCCGGCAGCGAAAGCCGAAGGCCGCGCCCUCGCCCACCUCCCCGACCCGCAUCCCGAGGAAACCAGUCGGAAGAGCCGCCUCCACAGCCACGUGUCGCCCCCAGCACAGUCCCAGUGGGCUGAAGUUUUCUUCGCCCGAGGUAACCUCCCUGACGCACUACGACCACCCGACGGCGCCACGACCGGCGGAGAGAGCCUCGGUGAUGCUGUUGAUGGAACACCUCCGAGAACACGUGCCUCGGACCAUCGACUGGAGCGCCAUAACGCCUCGCCUCAGGCAGCGUGAUCGAGCUGCCUCCGAUGGUUCCAUCCACAACAACGUAAAGAGAAGAAUUUCGUUAAAGAGAACAGGUUCUCUAAAGAAAUUAUAUUCCUCGAUACAGCGGAACUUUAUAAAUAACGUGCGAAAUUCUGACGUUAAUGAGAGUGUUAUCUGUUUACCUAGACCUAAAAUUUUCGGACGGAAGCAGAGGAGGUACGAUAUGAAGCUCUCGCCCGACAUUCCUUCAGAGAUUCCUCAGCUAGAGCCGUACAGUGAUUCCUCGUCAGUAGACUUGGUAGAGAAUUUACCAGACGUUUAUUUAUUUCAUUCUAAGCUGGAGUUCUUCGAGGACAAAACGUUCCCAUCUCCUGUCGAAAGGAAAAGGGUGGCUUCGGAAAGUGAAUGUCGGGAUGAGAAAGUACUCGGUGAAGAUGUUCCUCCAGUUCCAUUGAGAAGACACAAAAGAGCGAGAAACAGAACACUCGUCAUAGAGGCUUCUGAAGAACACGGUGAGAACGCUGCUGGCAGUCAAGAACUUUUGGAUAAAACGGCUGAUCUCAGUAACGACAGGAAAACCUCAGUACCUGCUGAAGACAUCGUCGUCGUGCAUGAAUCUUGUUCUGUUGCUCGACAACGGUUCUUUUCAAGUCUGGAACCAGGAACACAGGGAGAGACUGGCAACAAGGAGCUCAACACACAGCGCAUCAACCAUAACACGUCACAAUUAUGUACGAAUGAUAGAACUGAACCCGACAACGCUCAGGCUUCGUCAGCGAGAUCGAAGCUCAACCCAGACAUGCCAAGAUGCGAGAGAGAUUUCCCCGAGGAUAGAGUACCUUCGCCUCCUGCUGAAGCUGCUGGUGGAGAUGCUGGCGACAACGGCGAUCUGGACGAAGCUCUGCUAGCUCUUGCUGAUGCUCUAUCGCAUGUAACACACAGUGAAUCUGACGACGUUGACUCUGUAGGAACUUGCAUAACACACAUCUCUGAAGAUGUGCUCCACCCCACUCUCAGUAGAGGCCAGACAACGUCGAAGAACCCUGAGAGUGACUCACACGACCCAGACACGACUUCGACAAAUAUUUACAAUGCUUCCGACACCUUAAAUCGGUGGAUGCAUGACCCGUUUUGUGACACUGACGAAGGACUUCGAGCGGGCGACCCAUCUCAGGACUUGAUGCAGUUCGAUAAGUCUGGCGAGGACCAGUCAACCACCGCUGGAAGCCCCGGCGUUGAGACUGCUGUCGGGCCAUGCUGGGAGCCUCCAGCUGUCUCUCUCCAAACCUGGGAGGAAAGGCAAGGCCUCCCGAGGGAGGAGUUUCCUCCAUUACACCUUCGUAAACCUCACGAAGACGGGAUAGUCGCCAAACUCGUGGGAGCUUCCCGCUCUACAAGUAAAACUGAUCAAGACACUCCUUCACCCGGCCCACCUGCGGACUCUGAGAAGGAAGACGGCCACCGCCAUCACCAGCAUCAGCAGCACCAGCAGGAGGAGGAGAAGCAGAAGGCGGAGGAGGACCGAGCACAACAGGAUCGGUGCGUGGAGGUGUAUCCUGAGACCGUCAGGCAGAGGCAAAGGAACAUGAUGGCCUCCUCAGGCAAGGUGGACAUCAAGAACUGGAAUUCCUCGGGCAACAAUAAUAAUAACGAGAGCCAGAUGAGCCCUGCAAAAGUCAAGAAGUUCCUGCCUUCCGUCAAGGCUCUGAGGAACCAGUUCGAGGCUGGAAAGACAAACAACAGAUCUGAAAGCAAUGGCGGUGUCACCAAUACGGGUAAUGGUACCCUCAGUCACAGGUCCUCAGGAUCAACAUCAUCCUUGGCCAGCUCCACCUUGGAAAAGACCAGCAGCACCAAUAGCUUAAACUCUGCCAGCGACUCCAUGGAGAACCUGCUCAGUCCGUCCUUUGAAAACCAGCGGCAGGUGGACCCUGAGGAGCCUGUAGAGCCCAUCUUCAAUCAGUUUAAGAAGGUGGAUGAAGAGCUGAAGGAUCUGAUGAGCAGGCCGCCCUCCACCACAGGAUGGAACCCGAGACCUUUGCUGAAACGCCUCUACUACACCCCAGAGGUGCCUAAGAUCCAGAGUCAAGGCACCACUUACAUCAACAUUGAGGGCUUCCUGGAGAAGUUGCCCUCAGGGAGAAAGAAAGCCACCUUUUGGAAUGCCUGGAAAAGACGGUACUUUGUGGCAAAAGAUGGUGUUCUCUACUACUACCAGAACACACAGGCAGAGAAGCCCAGCAUGAAGAUGACGCUGAUGGGAGGUAAAGUGGAGUGUAUGGAGCCCAACAUGAUCGGAGUUGAUGAUGGGAACCGAGACUCUAGAGCCUCAGGCAUGCUCGGCAUAGAUGAUGGGAAGGGGCACUAUGUGGUGGUCCGGUGUAGCUCCCGACAGGAGGCUGAACGAUGGCGAAGAGCACUCGAAACGCACACAGUAGAAGACUUUGCAAGCCAGUAUGUCCAGCCGUGGCCCAUGCCAACUAGUCCUGCCCUCCUCAGGGACACACUCGUCAUUGACCUCGGAUCUGCCUCUGUCAGGGCUGGCGUUCUUGCCUCCCAAGCGACCCUUCCUCAGGUGUUCCUGCCAUCAGUGGUGGCCACAGAGAGAGAGACUCGACGUCAGGUGUGGGGUUUUGAUGCCCUGGCUCCAGACGUCCGAGCUGCUUCCUCAGUUUCCUUUCCCAUCAGACCCUCCCACAAAAUUACGAAGUAUUCUGUGGACCUGAGUGCCAUCUCAAGUCUCCUGCAGAAGACAUUUGCUGACCUAAAGGUUGACCCCAAGAACUACCAUAUCCAGCUCUCUGUACCUAGAGUCCUCAAUAACAACACUCAGACGGAACUCCUGCGCGUCCUUUUUGACAAGUUCGGCGUCAGGUCCGUCAACCUGACUCACCAGUCCAUCCUUGCACUUUAUGCCUACAAUGCCACCUCUGGGAUAGUUGUGGACAUUGGCGAGAGAAUGGAUAUUGUGCCUGUGAUUGAUGGAUAUAUCGUGGAUGGCGGCGUGUCCAGAGUGCCUUAUGGUGGAUACCGCAUCCUUGACCACCUCCGGCAGUUCCUAUACAUGAGGAACGUGUCGCUCAUUAACGAGGUGGAGAGCUAUAUUAUCAGACAUGUGCUGGAAAACAUCUGUUACUGCGCGCACCACUACAACACCGAGAAGGCACGUUGCACCAACAAUCCCGACCUUUACGAAAAAGAUGUCUCUCUGGCCGAAUACUUCCACACCAAGGACUGCCCCUUCGAAACCAUCUCGCUGGAUUUCGGUCGCUUCCAAGCCACCGAAGGAUUGUUCAACCCUGACGCCUGGGGUCUCGACCACCCUGGCCUGCAUAAAUUGGUUCACAAGGCAAUCAUGGAAUGCAGUAUGGACAUCCGGAAGGAGAUGAGUCGUAGCAUCUUCCUUGCGGGUGGAGUGACCCAGCUGCCCGGUCUGGUCGAUAGACUGACGACAGAGAUCGAUAACCUCACACCACCAGCCAUCCGGCCUAAGGUCCAUGCUUCCCCCUACCGCUACCAUGCUGCCUAUAUUGGUGCCUGUGUCCUGGCCGAAUCUCCAGCCUUUGUACAAUCCAGGAUCAGCCGAGAGGACUGGAAUAAACAUGGGAAUGCAGCACUACGCAAGUGGUCUCUCUGAUGACCACCAAUGAAGACGUAAUCAGUUUGGAGCCAUUUAAAUGAAAGGAGAAGCAGCUCUCAAAGUUUUCUGCACACACAGGAGGAGAAAUAAGUCAUCAUGCAUGUCUAUCAUCAUGAUAGCCACAGCUAGGCAACGUACGAUCCUUCCCCUACAUAAUCUUUGUUCCUGUUAAAUGUUGUUGGGGAGAAGGAUGGUACAAGCCUCGGAAACACAACCACCACUUUCCGCGUUGAAUUAAUUUACUUGAUUCAAUUAAACCGAUUCCUUGAUGUGGAAUCGAUCAAUCGAUUCCUUGAUGUGCAGUUUCUACACUAUGCAUUUAAUUCAAAGAUUCUGUGGUGCAAGAAGUAUAUCUGGAAAUUUACAGCAAUGGCGUGCCAAAAAAAAGAACAGCAAGGCUUCUACAGCAUGAUGUCAAGUUACUGUCAAGUACCAUCAGCAACAGCGAUGUGUCAAUAGUUAUUUUGCGGUGUAAACAAAAAUAACAAACAGAUUGGCAACACUGCUCAAGCUUUACUACACAAAUGCCUCAAGAACUUGCUUCGUAGCUGUGCCUUCUAUCAGUGGUACAAUUUGUAUUGUUAUUAGUGAUUAAUAACAUGCAUACACCAAAUUGUCUUAUAUACUUAGAUAUUCUAUAAAGUCACUGAAUUUUGUUAUGAAGUAUAAAAAUGGAGCUUUGUCUUGUGCACAAAUUUCUAAAUCAUUAACAGAUAUUUUUUUUUUCUUUCUAAGCCUCAAGUACAUGAGCCGUAUAAUAUUGCCAACACUGGCUUGUGUACUUGUAGUCAGCAUUGUCCUUUAUUAGUCAGCAGGCAAGUUAGUCAGGUAUGUACAGGUCAGCUGGUAAUGUGGGCAGGUCAGCAAGGGUGGUGUGUGCUGGCUACGAGGCAUGGUGGGAGUAUCACCACGUGUGGUGGUGAAGAGUUUGACUGACCACGUGUCGUGGUGAAGAGUUUGACUGACCACGUGUCGUGGUGAAGAGUUUGACUGACCAACAGGUGUGAUAGUCUGGUCAGCAGGCAUGGUGGGGCAGAUGUGCAAGUGCAGUUGAUGUCCCUUUUUUUUUUUAAUCGGAAGGCCCUCCUCCAGCCUUACCGUGCCUGUGUGUUCCUUCCUAUGUCAUGAUGUAUAAUUUGUAUAUACAGUAUUCUAGGCAGGGAAAGGUUAACUUAUUUUCCAUUGUGUAAUAUACAGUUGCAGUUGUUUACUUACAAUAAAUAUAUUUGUAUAUGAGA